AUGGCUCAGGAUAAGGCUAUUACCAAUAUUCCUAUAAGUGACGGAUCUGAAAAUAAUACAAGACCUUCUACUGGUAAUAAAUUAGAUAAUAAUGAAACAAAUAUUAACCAAGAGGAUAUCCAGGUGACGCUUCCAAAUGAAGCUAAUAAAACACUUACACGAGAACAAGAACCACAUGACUCAAAGGAUAAUGAUCAUAUAGAAACUACUGCUUCUUCAUCCUCAACAUCUCAUAAAAGAACUUGGUCCUUCUGGAGUAGUUAUAAGAGUGAUGAUAAUAAACCAACUUCAGCACCAAACAAUAAUAAUAUAGAUAAAAACUUAACCCCUGCAAUAAGUCAAGAAAGACAAAAUAUUACCCAAAAUCCACAAAUGCCAUUAUCCGAGGGCAUACAAGGACCCGCUGCUCCAAAAUAUGGGAACCCAUUAGCAAAUACCUAUAUCCCAUACAAUGCUGAUUUAAAUGAAUAUUCGAAAAGUAACAUAUUACCAACAUCAAGUAUUGAUAAUUCUGGACAAGACGAACAAGAACAAGAGCCAAAUAUUGUAGUUCCAGGGUUUGAUAUAUUACCCAAAAAAUCCUUAUGGAAUUCAAUUCAUGAUAUGAUGGGAAGUAGAAAUAGUAACCCUCAAAAAUAUGUUUAUCGUGUAGAUGCAUCUUCUAAACUAAACAAAAUAACACAUUGUAACCAAAGACCAUUAAAAGUAUUGAUUGUUGGUGUUCAUGGAUUUUUCCCAUUAAAAGUUUUAAGAACAUUUAUUGGAGAACCCACAGGCACAUCCAUGAAAUUUAUUACAGAGGCAGAAGAAAUUGUCAAAAAAUAUUUCAAGAACAAAAGAAUACCAAUUGAAAUUAGUAAAAUUUCAUUAGAAAAGGAAGGUGAAAUCUUCGAUAGAGUAGACUUCUUCUUUGAUGUUAUGAGAAGAUAUUCCAAAGAGAUUAAUAAUUCGGACUUCAUAUACUUUGUUUCACAUUCUCAGGGUUGUCCAGUUACCAUCAUUCUUCUGGCAAGAUUGAUUGAAACUGGGAUUAUCAAUAUCGAUAAUUCAAAGCUAUUUAAUAAUCAGAAUAGUAAUUUGGAUGAUAUAAAUUUAUUUGGGAAUAAGAAAAUAAUUAGUAUAUUGGGGAUGGCUGGAAUAAAUAAUGGCCCAUUUUAUGGUCGUGAUCAAACUUUAUUAGUGAAGGCUUAUCAAACCAUUGCUAAGGAUGCAAUGAUGGAAUUAUUUGAAUUACAAAAAUUUGAUACUAUUCAAACAAAAAAACUUGUUCAGAGUAUUAAAAUUAUAAUAGCAAACAAUGUGAAAUUAACAUUAGUUGGGUCUAUUAAUGAUCAAUUGGUUCCUUUAUAUUCAGCAUUUUGUCUCUUUGUAGAUCACCCCUAUAUUUUUAGAGCUACAUUUAUUGAUAGAAACUCUAGAACACCCUCUUUUAUAACAAGGAUCAUCAAAGUUGCUGGGACUUUGCUAAACUUAGGUUAUAGGGAUCAUGAUAUUGUGAAGGAAAUUAGUGGAUCGUUAGUAGGUCCAUUGACUGGUGGAGGUCAUUCUACUAUUUAUAACGAAAAACAAGUUUACGAGCUUGGUUUAAAAUUUGCAUUAGAAACUACUGAUACAAAUGGUGAGGUGCCUGUCAUAUAUACACCAUACAAGCUGUCUGAGUUAGGUAGUAAUCCAUACCAUUUACCUUGGUGUAUGAGAGGAUUAUUAUUUGAAACAAAACGUCAUAUGGAUAAUGACGAAAUCAACACGUUAUAUCUGGAAUAUGAACAAUGGAAACCUGAAUCUAAACAAUUAAAAGAUAUACGGUAUAGAUUAAAUGGUUUACAAUAUAAACUCUAA